AUGGCGUUCCUCGUCCUCUACGUCGACGACAUCGUGCUCACCGCGUCCUCGUCACGCGUGCUUCACCAUGUCAUCCAGCGCCUCACAGGCGAAUUCACCAUGAAGGACCUGGGCUCGCUCGCCUUCUUCCUCGGCAUCCGCGUCACCCGCACCCGAGCUGGCUUCUUCCUGUCGCAACAACAAUAUGCCGACGAACUCCUGGAACGCGCCGGCAUGGACACCUGCCGCCCUUCCCCGACACCCAUCGACACGAAGAGCAAACUCCCCUCAGCCGAUGGGCCCUGCGUCGACGACCCCUCAGCCUAUCGGAGCAUCGCCGGGGCCCUGCAGUACCUCACCAUCACGCGCCCAGAGAUCGCCUACGCCGUCCAGCAAAUCUGCUUGCACAUGCAUGACCCGCGCGAAUGUCACCUCGCGCUCGUCAAGCGCGUGCUCCGGUACGUGAAGGGCACCUGCACACUCGGGCUUCAUCUUCGCGCCUCGACCACGCUCGACGUCCGUGCGUUCACCGACGCGGACUGGGCCGGCUGCCCCGACACCCGACGCUCCACGUCGGGCUUCUGCGUCUUCCUCGGCGAUGCUCUCGUCUCCUGGUCCUCCAAGCGCCAGGCGACCGUAUCGCGCUCCAGCGCCGAAGCUGAAUACCACGGCGUUGCCAACGCGGUCGCUGAAUGCAUCUGGCUCCGCCAGUUUCUCGGCGAGCUCUCCGCUCCAGUGACCAAGGCGGCACUGGUGUACUGUGACAAUGUGUCCGCAGUCUACCUGUCAGCCAAUUCGGUGCAUCAUCGCCGCAUUAAGCAUGUGGAGCUGGACAUCCAUUUCGUGCGGGAGCGCGUCGCCCUCGGCCACUUCCGUGUUCUUCACAUCCCCAUGCGCCAACAACUCGCGGACAUCAUGACCAAAGGCCUGCCAUCGGAUGUUUUCUCUGAGUUCCGGUCCAGUCUUUGCGUCGCCGCCGACGACGUCACGACUGCGGGGGGUGUUAGACUGUACUUGAUCGUGGCGGCGGUGGUCAGCAUCCUGGUGCUCCUCGUCAGCGUCUACCUGCUCGUCAACUACCAGCACCCGGAUGAUGCCAACCAGGCCUACUCCUCAAGCUCGUCGUCGUGCUCGGCAUCACCGUCGCCGUCCUCUCCAUCCUCAUGCUCCCCGCCGACGUCGCCAACCGCCAGGCCUGCAAGCACGCCGCCUACAACGGGGCCUGCGCCCUUAUCCUGCCCAUGCUUGAUCCUGCCCAUGAACACGCUCUGGCUCGUCGUCUACAUCCUCGACGCUGUCCUCGUCUUCCUCGUCAUCCUGUUCGCCAUGUUCUACUCUGUGUUUUGA